CCCAUUAGCGCAAUUUGAAGUCCGCAGCACUAUCGAGUAACAGGCCGUGAUUAUCGUGUUUGUGAUAGUCUUAUUGGGCGACGCGUUGUGCCAACGCUGCGCCGCCACGCCAUUAUGGGCGCCUGUCCCCUGGGAUCUCGAUUGAACGUCUUGUAAUCGUAUGGUAACAACGUAGCGCAUACUUGGCUUCCCCCACGCCCCUUUUGCUCGACACCACCACCGACGACGACGAGGAAGUCACCACAUACGUAUUCAGAAUCUUUGUAGCCCAGCCAGAACAUUCAGGCGCCGUCCGCGACCUCCCCUAAGCACCCUGACCCAUUUGGAACGUACUGGGUUCAUGAGCCCCACGCAUAAAGCGUGAUAGACAGGUCGAUAAUCCGUCUGCUCUUCGUCCCCUUAUACUCCAUACGAAAUAACAGCCCUCAUAGGGAACCCAAGUUUCAUGCACCUCGCACGAGAUUCGUCUUGAACCACGAUCGACCGCUUCAUUGUGGUCUUGACUAUCCCGCGUUCCUUUGAUCGGCCUCUCGCCCUGCGAUGACCGUCGCGAACUCGUUUAGAGAACAAGAAGAGCAGGAGGAGGACUUGGAGGAUUGGGAAUUGAUUGGUAGUGACUGGUGGCAGCAGUCCUAUGUGGACGUGGAUUGGGCCUGCGUCAGGAGAUACCACUGGACGGAAACAGGUGUCAAACUCACGUUUCAUCCUAGACCACCGCACUAUCACAGUGCUCUGUACAGCGAGAAGGAGAAGUAUGAGCUGACGGGAGAGCAACAACUGGACGUCGAGCUUGACCCGUCGCUCGUAGGGGCGAAAGGGGCGGAGUAUGCCUUGGAACACUACGAGAGGCGCGUCGGUAUAUGCAAUUCGCUCUCGGAUAUCAUGUUCACUGCGGAACUCCUGCUGCCCGAAGAUGCAAGCGAAGAUAUCAUUCGCCGAGGACGAGAGCAGUGGGAACGGCACGUAGAUGCAUUGCUUGGCGGAAUCCUCGAGCCCUCAUGCCUAGACUUGCCUCCGCGCCUGCCCGACGAGCGCGUGAGGAUGUGGAACCUCGAUGCGAUUGACGAUUCCUGCUACGACAGCGAUUCACACUCUCCCGAUGUCGUUGACCUGACGUACUCGGAUAUCUCCUUCGAGUCGGAGCCGCCCCCUACGACGCCGCAAGGCGACAAGAAAUCGUAUGCGGAGGUGCUGUUUGAUGACCGCGGUACGCCAACACAUACGGGUACCGUCAUUUCUCCUUCUCCUUCGAAGCCUCUCAACGCCUCCGCUCUUGCCUUCAUCCCUGCAUAUGUUCUGGACCAUGCAUCACCUUCACCCUCAUCUCCAGAUGUGCCCUAUGUGUCACCCACGUAUGAGUUCCACUUCCCGUCCCUGAACAGCAACUUGGCUUCCCGCACCAGCACGCGUUCGCUCCCUCCGCCACUCCAGCGGGACGAGCAUGGCUUCUACAACGAAGUUCCGUCCACAUCUACACAUAGCGCCUCACAGAGUCGGUCCGCGACCCCGAAGCUUGCUGCGGAAGCUGCAGUACCUGCGUUUUUGGGCCAGGACAACGUCCCACGGCAGUCGUCGAAGACGCGAGAGAUGGUCGAUCGUCUGCGAUCGAGCGGAUCAGGGUCCAGGAGAAGCAGGAAGCACAAAGGCGAAGCAAAGGUGCAGCCGCAGAAGGACCCAGACGGCUGGUUCACGGGAGCAGAUGCCAGCGAGCACAGGCGGAGCAAAUCAAGCAACAGCGGUGAGGACUGGGUGCAAGGGCUGUUCCAGUGUCGCCAGCCAGAGAAACCCGCACAACAGCCGCCCCGUCAGAUGCAUAAACGCUCGACGAGCGCAGGGACGAACGCGAGCGCGCAUACGACGACCCCGACAACGCCUUCAAGCACGGCGAGUACGCUCAGCACACUGCCGUCGCCGACGGGCUCGACGUUCAGCAACCCAUGCACGCCGACGAACACGCAGUUCCCGCUCCCCCAGUUCUACGCGUUUCAGCCGCCGUACGGGCCGUAUCCUGCUGCGUACCCGAUCCCCCCGCAGGGCCCCCCGAUGCAGGUGAUGCAGGCACCGUGGCAAUUACACGCGCCCCUAGUGUCUGCACACCCUGCGUACGUCCUGCCGCCGAUGUACGGCACGGCACCGUUCGACGCACGGAAAGCAGCACCUGUGGGUGGCGCGCGGCAUGCGUGAUGCGUAUGUAUCUUCCCCCUCGCUCCAAUUCAGUGAUGUUCGGCUGAGCGAUAUGAUGCAGGACGUGUUGUCAUCGUCAUUUCCCUUUGUUUACAUAUUGCUUCCUCCCUCAUUCCACGUAUGCAUAGCCCGCCCAUGGGCUCUCCUCCUUUUUUGCGCUGCAACACACAUAGCAUAACACAUUGAUUUCCACCAUCUUGUUUUACUUGCUCUUUUUUCUUCUAUUAUGUACCCAUCAUUGCACGGUUGACAGGAUCCGUUUUUAAGUGUUCGUUCCUCUCUAAAUUAGACGACAGAAAUUCAAGAUUACUCAGAUCA